AGAGACUCCGAUAAUAUUUUAAUUAAGUUAACGAGUAAAAGAACAUGAACAGUGAUUGAAUAUGUGCCACGAAUAUCAUAGGAAGUUUGUGAAAAUAUGAGAUUUUGAUGCUAACGGCAGCAUUACUCUGUGAAAGGGUGUGAAAAAAGUGGGAGACUAGUAGAAGGUGUGUUAUCCGUGUUCCUUAUAUUUCUACUGCUAAGAAGUUUCCCAAAAUGACAAAGUUAUAUUUCUCUGAGAUGAAUAAUUUGACCAAUGCGCACAACGACCUUGAACCGGAAAAGUGUCAGUUGAACUACAAUUUCGAUACAAAAAAUUUGGAUAAGGACAGAGGAUCUCAAUCCAAAUGUGAGCCACAUCAAAUACGACAACGGAAAUAUAAAUGCGGAACGAUUCCGUCAAUUGUGUCCGGCCUAAUUUUUUUGUCAAUGGGAUUCUUUUCGACAAAACUCACAAUCACUGAUAUGAUUUUAACCGAGCGAAUAAAAAUGCAAUCGUGGUUUCCAUCCUAUAAGCUUUGGGUUGAACCUGAACCAGAAGUACGACUUAAUACCUAUAUUUUCGCAGUAGAAAAUGCGAAUGAGUUUUUGAGUGGAACAGAUUCAAAAAUCAAAUUGAAACAAAUCGGGCCAAUUGUUUAUAGGGAGCAUCUACAAAAUCAAGACAUCGUUCGUCAUGACAACUCAACACUCUCAUACACGGCACACCGCUGGGCUGAGUUCCUACCUCAUGCCAACAAACCAGGAAUUUUGAACGAAACCAUUACAGUUCCACAUUAUGGUGUUCUGGCUGCAGCCAGUUUCGCGAACGAACACAACUAUUUAGUACAAAUCGGGUACAAUUUCCUUCACAGAAGAUACAGCGAUGGUCUUUUCAUCAAUAUUACCAUCUAUGACUAUUUAUGGAAUUUUAGGAGUAAGCUUCUGGAAAAGGCUUGGGAAGUUGUGCCAUCAAUGAUUCCAAUUUUAAAUUGUGGCGCUUUAGAUGUCAUCUACACUAAUGGUCCGGAUCGGUAUAAUGUAAAAAUUGGUACAAAGUAUGGAGACUCUGAAUUUUUCCAAAUUAAUACCAUUAACGGAGCCCCUACAGUUCCAGGAUAUAAUGUGAAAAGGGGCGAUUGCUAUGCAUCGGUUGCGAAUUCGUCAGAAGGUGUCGCGUAUAGACAACGUGUAACUAAAGAGGAUGUGCUUACGUUUUGGAGAAGGGCAUUAUGCCGCAAAGUCGAUUUGCACUUUGAGAAAGAGUUGCUCAUUCAUGAUGUAUUAAGUUACAAAUACACACUUGGUCCGGACGUGUAUGACAGAAACCCGAAUAACGAAACUGAUUGCUAUAAGGGAGCGUAUGGAGAUCUACCUAACGGCUUGACCGAUGUCUCGAAAUGUUAUUACGAUAUGCCAUUGGCAGAAUCACAGCCACACUUUUAUGGAAGAUCAGCAGAAUUCACAAAGAAAUUCGAAGGCCUGAACGCAAAUGAAGAGACUCACUCAAGUUUUAGCAUUGUUGAACCGAAGCUUGGCUUUCCAAUGAAACAAGCUGCUCGGUCGCAGAUGAACCUGGUUAUUCCAAAAUUUAGUUCCUUCUUUGAAAAGGACUAUCACCUAUUCAGCGAUAUGGUUCUACCAUUGUUUUGGAUUGAAGUUUUACAAAAUGAUUUGACUACAGAAAUCGUUUGGUUAGUGGGCUUAGUUGCUAACGUUGCUCCAAUUAUCGAAGUAACACUGACAUUUAUACUAUAUUUCAUUGGAUUUGUAUUGAUUCUAACUGUAAUUGUGAGGGCAUUUAAAUCAAAGUGGAACCAUUUAGCGACAAGUAAACAGAUAAAUUUCCCAUUUGUAAAACGUAGUAGUAAAACUAGGGACAAUUAUGAUAAUUUUAAUUGAUUGUUUGUGAACAUCUUACGAGCAUAAAUACAGUUUGAACGACACUAGAUAGAGUGUUAAGUGAAUGCAAGAAAUGAGAAGGACGAUUUCGCAA